AAUAGUGGCGGUUGGCGGUAGCGUUUAGUCGGCGUGCUUCUGUUUUCGUAGCGUCCCGCGCGUCCUCCGAAGGUGAAGCAGGGGGCGAUUAUGCCGGUGCACUAAGCGAUAGUAUUUGCACGCUAUUUCUUAACGGAAGCUUCCAGUUCAGGCGUACCGUCACAAAGAUAGGACCGAGGACCGCUACAGCUAUAUACUAGAGGACAAGAGCGUCAACGUCGAACAACGCUAGCCAUGGCGUUCUCCUUCGCCGGUCGCUUAGGCCUAGCGACGACUACGGCCGCAGUACUUCGGUCGCCCGUGCGUCUACUCUGCAUCGCGCCGAUCGCCGACAAGAUCUCCAAGCUCGUCAAUCAGGACAAGGUCGUCGUUUUCAUUAAAGGCGUCCCCGAACAGCCUCGAUGCGGCUUCAGCAACGCCGUGGUUCAAGUGCUUCGCAUGCACGGCGUCGACUACAGCUCCCACGACGUGCUCCAAGACGAGGCGCUACGCCAGGGGAUCAAGGACUUCAGCAACUGGCCCACGAUACCGCAGGUGUACAUCAACGGUCAGUUCGUGGGCGGCUGCGACAUCCUGCUGCAGAUGCACCAGAGCGGCGAGCUGGUCGGCGAACUUGCCAAAGUGGGCAUCAAGUCGCUCCUCAUCGACUCCGUGUCAUCGGCUGACGAAGCAGCCGGCGAUAAGCAGGAGAAACAGUAACGCGACAGUGUGUUUGGUAGACUAGUGGGAGACCCUUUCGGCGACGUUUCGUGUACACGGGUUCGGCAGUGAACACUCUAGAUAUCGCCUUAUCAGAAAACUCGUGCACCGUCCUGCGGUCUGCCAGGAUGAAGUGAAAUUUUUUUCUGUGUGUGUGCUCAGGUUGGCAGAUGCUGAGGAGCCGCGCAUCCCGUUAACCAAAGCGAAGAGUUUCCUGCGAUGUUUCCUGCAUAGUCUUGCGAACAAAAGACUUUCUGCGCUAAGACCAGCGAAAGACAGUCGGUUGUGGCGCGAAUCGAGCAUCGACCGCCUGAGACGACGGUUGAUACCUCUUACGAGGCUACGUGACUGCCGGUUGCGCGGUGAUGGCGGCGGUCCGGCAUUUUUUUUUUUUUUUUUUUUUUCCACUUUCCUCCUCUGCCCUCCUGCGUUCUGUUGUCACUGCUUCUGUGUACAUUGCGUUUCUCGUGUGGAUAUUUGGCGUAGAGUAACAGCCAGUCUGUUUCCUAGUUUUUAUUUUUCGUCGAAGCAACUGGUUGCAAGCGCACAAGUUUUGUGAUUUACCGGCUGUUGAAACGCCUGAUUUGAGCUAUGCAAUAAAUUUAUUCUUUCCACCUG